AUGCAGUCAAAAACAUUACAAGUUUCUUCCGCAUUGGUACCAAAGUUUAAAUUAAUUUGUGAUUAUCCCGAAAACAGAAACAUCAUAAAACAACAUGUUACUGAUCGUGUGCAUUUUCAUUUUGAUCAAAACAAAAAUCUUUCUUCUCUAAGUUCUUCAAAUCUUGAAACAAACAAUGAAGAUGAUUUUUCAGUUUUUUCAAUGAUCAAAUCUCAGUAGUUAAUUUUGAUUUCCAAACUUUAAUUACUAAUUAUUUAUCAAACACUAACAUUAAGGUACCACUUGAUUUAACACUUGAAUUAAAAAAAAGCUUAUAUAGAAUUUAACACAGCUAUACCGUCAUCUGCACCUGUAGAGAGAUUGUUUAGUGCUGGUGGUCAAUCAUUUGACAAAAGGAGAGGAUCCAUUUCUGAUCAAAAUUUUGAAAUGUCUCUUUUGUUAAAAUAUAAUAAAUAUUUUCAAUAAAAAUAAAAAUUAUGUUUUGUCUUUGGAAUUAAUUAAUAUUGAGUAUAUAAUAUAUAUAUAUUUAUAUGUUUAUAGAUAAUAUCUAUUUACACAGAUAUGCUAUAUAGCCACAUAAAUGAGGUUAUCGAUUAUCUUAUUUGUAUGUUCCCUAAAUGAUGUGUAGUGACUUUCAACAAUGAUUGCUAUAGUCAUGACUCGUGACUAUUUUAUUAUUUAUAAUGUUUAGCAACAGUGGAAGUACAAAAUUGGUAAACUUUAAAUAAUUGUAUAAUAAUUCAAAAGUUUUGAAAAGAUAACUUCUAUGUAUAUAAUUGACUAUUUUCAAUGUAUAGUUAUUUUUAUAUCAUAUAACAGGUAUUUAAAUUUUUUGUACGAAAAGGUUUAAAGCUUAUACAAAAUAUGUAAUUUUUUAAGAUAUUUAUUAAAGGUUUAAUAUUUGUUAUUUUAUUUUUAUCUAAAAAUAUAAUAUAAAAUAAUUAUGAUUUUACUGAUAAUUGUCAAUGUAGGGCUGAGCCUAGUCUUUUAAACUACACGGUGGCUGCACUUUGUGUACCCAGUAUAGAAAAUAUUUGGGUGGUUGGUAGUACCAACUUGGUACUGCCUGUUUGAUUUUUAAAAUUAGUGUUAAUCAAUUAAAAAUAUUGGUAUCUUAGCAAUUAGGAGAAAACUGUUAAUGGUGUUUUUUUUUUUAAAUUUUUGGAUGUAAACCACUUGGGUAAAUUGAUUUGAGUAUGAAUUCAGAAGUAGUAUUUAUUUUAGAAAAGUAAGUUUUUGGAUAGCCAGUUAAUACUUUUAUGUAUCAUUUUAAAUUUCCCCAGUAAUUUUCUUAAGCAUAAAAAAAACUAAUAUUAUGUGUGCAAUUUUUUAUUUUUGUAAAUUAGAAAAUUUUAACUUAAGUUAAACUAAAGUUACUUUUUUUUAAAGUUAACUUUUAACUUAAUGAGUUAAUUAAAAAAAUUUGAGUAACUUUUAGUUUAACUUAACUUUAUUAUUUUAAAACAACUUAACGAGUUAAAAGAAAUCCUUAAAUUUGCCCAGCCUUGCAGGUUAAUAUGUAUGCUGCCAAACCCAUAAUUGGAAUGUGUCAUUUAAACAUUAACUGUUUACUUAAAUAAUGUACCUGUAUAUAGAUAUAGAAAAGGUACAGUAUGUAUUUAAACUAAAAUAAUAAAUAUACUGAGUGUAUUGUACACACUAUUUCAACAUCUACCAGAAAGCUUACUCUGAUGUAUACGAUAUAGACCUUUUUUUGAUAAGAAAUUUUCUUGGGGUGGUACUUUAAGGAAGUCAUUUUUUGAUUUUCUCGGGAGUUUUCUCAUCAAUUGUGAAAAACCGAAAAAAUCUGAGGAAAAUGGAAAUAUGUACGAAAUAUAUUAGUAAAAUAUUAUGAUUUUAUUUCUGUGAAUAACUUUUCUACCAGCAAUUUUGCCCCGAUUUAAAAUAAUCAAGAAACAGUAACUGUAGGAAAACAAAUUAAUGUAUUUAAAGAAUAAAUUAUAUUGGAAAAAAAUUGGAAUUGGAUUUUAAACAUUUAAUUAUUGAAUAGUUUUGAUUGGAUUUAUAAUAUAUUUUGUAUACAUGAAUAAAUUGUAGUCGAAAAUAAGAUAGAAUUAUAAAAAGUAAGUAUGAAUGAUAAAGUAUAUGGUAUACAGUACAGUAUUUGAACGAUGUUCUGUUUAUGAGUUUCUGCACUUUCUCCUCGCUCGAUACCAGUUUAACGUCCAUCUUUUGUUGCAUCGUCUUGAAUAGAAAAUCAUAAUAAUAUAAUAACAGUUAAAGUUUUAAUAAUAAAUAAUAAAUUACCAAAUACUGCAUUUUCAUUAAUUUGUAGAAAUUUUCCUCAAAUCUGCAUUCAAGUUUCUGUACCAGGUGAUUCAUUUAAGUGGGUACACUCAUUAUCUCUGAAAGUAUUUAUUUUCCGGAAUUUGUUUUCUAGAUUAUUUAAGAAACAAGCUGCUCUAGUUUUAUAUUUGUGUUAUUUUUUGUCACCAUUAUUAUUGGGGGUAAAAUCACUAUCUACUCUUGAUUUUCAAAUGGCAACCUUUAUUAAAAAGUCCACAAAUAGUUGGAGUAUUAGUUAAAAUCAAUUUUAGUGUUGAAAUUUUUGAUUCUGUUGAUCCGUUGACGAGAUAUUCCACUUUUAAGUUUUGGUUGGAGGAGAGUAAGUAAAGUCAUUUGUAUGGCGGUACGACGCGCGACGUGUUAUUAAUGCAUCACCACUCUCCUCCAACCAAAAAUUAAAAGUGAAAUAUCUCGUCAACAGCUCGACAGAAAUAAAAAAUUCCAACACUAAAAUUUAUUUUAACUAAUACUCCAUCUAUUUAUGGAAUUUUUAAUACAGGUUGUCAAUUGAAAAUCAAAAGUAGGUAGUGGUUUUACCCCCGAAAAUAAGCGUUAAAAAAUGGCAAGCCAUGGUGACUGUUUGAACUGCAAAACUGUAUGCACCUAUAACAGAAAAAUAUAUUAAUAAAUAAAUCGAAUAAAAAUAAAAAUAUGCACCUUUUUUACAAUCAGUCCGUUAGCCAUAGCCUGUUUCAAAUUCCUAUAGUGAAUUACAUAAUUUGUUAACGUCUCCUCUAACGUCUUUACUUUCAAGCCAGGUAGUACUCCGUUUUUUAUCGGCAGAAAUAGCAAGUCAUUAUGUUCCUCGUUUAGAUGUCCAGGGUGCAUGACUAUUAUUUGAUAUCGAUUUCGUACACUUUCCCUAUUGCCGAAGUGUCGUCCAAAUCCUCCAAACCGAUAAAUGUGGGCUUUACCCACUUGAAGCAUCUGUGAGGCAUGUAUCGGGAUAUGACCCACCCCGUAGAUUAUCACCUAUAAAAGAAAACAGAUUUAUUAGUAUUUAUAAAUUAUUUGUAAAUAUUCUAUGUAUAUAUAUUCUAAGUAUACAUUAUAUACUUACAGUCCAGAUAUUAUCCAAGAAUCGCCAUUUGUUUUGUCGUAGUUGUGAACCGUAUGCCUUCGCGUAUCACAUAUUCGUCUGUAUCAGUUCACCGCGUAUACCUAUAAUAAACAAUCAGUAUAAUAGUAAUUUAAAAUAAUUAAAAAUUAUGCUUUCUAUUGAUUUAUUGUAAGCAGACCAACUCUUCCACAUUAGCACAUUUUACCAUUGGCUUUUUAGAUUUGGAGUUAUCUUCGGUUCUAUGUCCUUCGCUACAUAUUACGCAUACAGCUGAUUUAUGACAAUAAUUUUGUGUGUGACCGAGAGCUUGGCAGUUUUUCAACUGCGGCAUUUCUUUUUCUAUUAUGUGGUGGUUCUCUUUUUAUUAUUUGAUGGCAUAGUAGUUUUAUGUUGUAUAUGUCUUUAUUAUUCUCUCGUGGUUUUAAAUCUACAAAGAAUAACGGUAACCUUAUGUAUGUCCAUUCGUUGUUUUUGUUUUUAAGAUCAAAUAUUUUCUUGAUCUGUAUAUUAGUUAUUUUAAUUAUUUUGUGUCCUUGGUCGUAGAGUUCAUAAGUAAUUAUUCCCAUAUUUGUGUCAUGAUUUAUAACUCGUAAUACUAAAUGGUUUUCGCUUUUUAAUUGUUAUCGAUUGUAUUCAAAAUUAUUUUCUUCUAAUAUUUUUAUUAUACUUCUGAAUUGACUUUCGUUUGUUGUUAGGAUUCUUGUCGGUUUUUGAAUUUUUUUUCGUUUCCUACCGGUUUUUCACAUGUUUAUAACUGUUGUAGUUUAUUAAAAUGUUUAACAUCUUUGAUAGUUAUUGGUUGGGGCUUCUAUAUUUGUUGAGUAUUAUCAUUAGUCGGGUUUUCGUUAUUUAUUUGUAUAGCUUUUGAAGUUACGUUAAUAUCUAUUGUAACUGAUAUGUUAGAAAUAAGGAUCUUUUUUCAUUUGUUUUUAUAAUUAAUUGUGAUGUUUUAGUCGAGAGUUCCAAUUCAUUAUUUUUUAUUUGUAGUAAAUUUUUACUUGUCUGUAGUUCUGGCAAUGUUGAUGGCGCGAACAAUAACCUUAUUAGUGAUUCCCGCCCAGAAUACUAUAACGGGGACCCUAUAAUUUUUGAUCAAAUAUAGGUUUAAUAAAACGGAUUCCAAAUGUCUAAACGCGAGAUAGCGAUCGAACUACAUAAACCGGCUAGAAAAGAUUUCAAUAGACGAAUAGUUAAUGUAUAUGGGAAAAAUGAUUUAUGGCAGGCCGACUUGAUCCAGAUGAUACCGUAUUCAAAGAAAAAUAAAGGAUAUGAAUAUAUACUAUGUGUCAUAGACUGUUUCACGAAAUAUGCAUGGGCUUUACCUCUAAAAUCGAAAACGGCGAAAGAAGUGACUAAUGCAAUGUCUACAAUAUUAAUUAAAAGAUCACCACAGUUAUUACAACUCGAUAACGGAAAAGAGUUUUAUAAUUCAACAUUUGAUACGGUAAUGAAAAAGGAUAAUGUAAAAAAAUAUUCAACAUAUAGUACUACUAAAGCAUGCAUCGUCGAGCGGUUCAAUUGUACGCUUAAAGAAAAAAUGUUUAGAGAGUUUACUGCAAAAGGAAAUCAUAACUGGCUGUCUAUUUUAUCCAUGUUGAUUAACGAAUAUUAUAAUUCAAAACAUAGAACAAUUGGGAUGACUCCGCUAGAAGCGGAUAAUAAUCCUGGAAUAGUCCGAAUAAAACGUGAUAAUAUACCCGUUAGAAAAAUUAAAUUUAAAGUAGGCGAUAGUGUACGAAUAAGUACACAUAAAGGUGUGUUCACGAAAGGUUAUCUGCCGAAUUGGUCAACAGAGGUAUUCACUAUUGUAAGAAUAAAUAAAAAAACACCUACAACGUAUAUUUUAGAAGACUAUACGAGUAAAUCGAUCGCCGGCUGUUUUUAUGCCGAGGAAAUAAAUAAAACAGAGUUUCCAAAUACCUAUUUGAUCGAAAAAGUGAUCCGUUCAAUUUGAUAUUGAUAAUAGCCACAAUAGUUGGAUAAAUAAGAAUGCCGUCAAGAAAUAACGUUAGUCAUAUUUCAACCAUGAACGUGUUUGAAGCUACUAGAGAAAGUGAAAGAAAUAUAUUAUUUUCAGAGCUUGUUGUCUCAAAUAAAUCGAUUCAAAAUGAACUUACUUCUUGCGCUAGGCAUACUGAUAAGCAUGAAAUCGAUAUUAAAUCACUGAAUGAAAAAUUAGAAAAUCUGAUAAAUUAGGUUUCUUUAAUUACAACCACUGUAGAUGAUACGCAAUAAGUUAUUAGUAAGCUUAUGGGGGUGCUAGGAUCCAUUUCUGAUCUAGAAUAUAGAAUAUCGAACUGUUUACACCAAUCAAAAUACCACCUUCACCACAGUAUGCGGGGGAGUCUACCGAACCGAAAAAAGAAAAAUCGAUUACAAAAGUGACACCUAUCGAUACGCCCAACAAUGAUUUAGAAUAUCAUCGGAUAGAGAAUUAUGGAGAAAAAUAAAGUAGUAUUUGACUACUGCUGACGAAACCAAAUUCAGUUUAACCAGAUCCGUUGUGUAAGAAAGACGUGCCUUACAAUGUAUUCCGCUAUUUUAGAUAUGCAAUGUGUUUUACGAUCGGAUAAUAAAUAUCUGAUAAAAGAAAUGUCUAUAGUCGACACAAAUACGUGGGCAACUAAACAUUGAAUAUUCAAAAAUUCCCGGAGCUCUCAAAACGGAAAAAGUCGUAAGACAAAUAAAUGGCUCGAACGAAAUUUCAAUAAUAUACCCGUAGAAUACGGCGAUGUAGAGUAUGAAGAACUCGAUCGUAUUUUGAACUUGUUGAAAUUCAAUCACAUAUACGUCAAGGGAGAACAGAAACAUAAAAUAAUCAAAGAAUUUAUCCCGCAAGUCGACAUUAAUCGACAUUAUUAAUAUGGAGAUCAUGGAGUGUCCACGAUUAAACCAAUUAUGUCAUGAUGAAAACUUACCUUGCUGUAUUUUUCAUAUAGACUUAAAUCUUAAACAUGAAAACAUGUAA